GAAGCGCAACUGGGGAGAUACGCGUCUGCAAAAAGGGGAACAAGGUGGUUUGUGACACUGGCUUGUAGUACAGUUUGUUCCCACAUUGGAGCCCUUCUCCCCCCGCGGUCCUCCCUGUCCGCUCACUGCUAACAGCGGUUACAGCUGACCAGCUGCUAUCAGAUACUGUUAGCCUGGCAGCUAGCCGCCGGCUCCGUUAGCUCAGCUGCUGCAGUAAAACGGCCACAACUGAAACCGAGCUCCAUUAAAGCUCGUCAUAAAUAAAACGGGAAAACUCCAGCUCCAACAGAUGUUUAUUUCUUGUUUAUUCCAUUUCCCAUGCGGACUUUGUGUCGGCUUGCUUCAGCAGCAGUGAGCUUAAAUCGGUCUAUCGGCCGCUGGAGGCUGCAGAGAUGUCGCUGUGCAGGGCUGCUACCCGCCUCCUCGGAAGACGGAAAGGCUUCCUCCCAGAACAGUUAAAGAGGAUCGCCUUCGACAUGUCCUCCUCCUCCUCCUCGGCUGCCGGUAAGAGGCUGCGGGUCCUGGUUGACAUGGAUGGGGUGCUGGCGGACUUUGAGGGGGGGUUCCUGAGAAAGUACCGGGCGAGAUACCCGGACGAUCCCUUCGUCCCGCUGGAUGACAGGAGAGGCUUCUGGGUGUCAUCGCAGUACGGCCAGCUGAGGAGCGACCUCUGUGAAAAAGCCAUCAGUAUCUGGGAGUCCAAAGGCUUCUUCAUAGACUUGGAUCCUCUGCCUGGAGGCGUGGAGGCGGUGAAAGAGAUGGCCAGGAUGGAUGACACAGAUGUCUUUAUUUGCACCAGCCCCAUUAAACAUUACAAACACUGCCCAUAUGAGAAGUACGCCUGGGUGGAGAAACAUUUCGGUCCUAACUUUCUGGAGCAGGUCAUCCUGACCAGAGACAAAACCCUGAUUGCUGGUGACCUCCUCAUAGACGACAAGCCUGACAUUCAGGGUGUGGAACCGAGACCAGUUUGGGAACACAUCCUGUUCACUGCCUGCCACAACAAGCAUCUGUCCGUCGUUCCCUCACAGAGACGCCUCCUGUCUUGGUUGGACGACUGGCGUGCCGUCCUGGACAGCAAAAGGCAGUGAGGGAUCCUGAUUCCCCCGCAUCCUUUGCACGCUGGUAACCAGGACAACCAGAGGGUCAUGGACGGCACGUCGUCUCACUGUUAAAGUUGCGUCAGGAUGAAUGGAUCAACCUUUCCUGGAAAAAAAGAAAAAAAAAAAACUAAAGUGUGCUGCAGGCUUGAGAGAAAAAGUUCCCUAUUUUUACCACUAGAUGGCAGUGUGACACAGGCUGAGAAGAUACUGACUGCUACACUUCCACUAAGCAAAAACUGAAUAAUUGCAUGUCGGUUUUAAUGACAGCCUUUUUGUUCCUACAUUUAGACCUUUCCACAUAGAAUCCGUCCCGUUUUAUUUUUAGACUGGAGUAAAGGUUUAUUCAUAGCAUCAUUACAAAAAGGCCAGUUGCAUAAAUGCGUCUGAACUGUGAUUCACCCACAAACAUCAGGGCUCAUCACACAGGAAAGUGAACAAAAAUAGCCUCCCAGACCUGGGAUAGUGCGAGUCGGUGCACAAGACUAAGUGUUGCUAAUUUCACAUCCACCUGAUUGAAACACGCCCGUAACUCAGAGAGGUUUACACCCAGUCUAUAGCGGCACCAAUGUUUUACUUUUAAUGUUGCACCUAAAUAUGACUGAAUAUAAAUAUUUUAAAUGUAGAGCACAAUGGAGCUAAUUUGUCUUUGGCAUGCUCCAUUAAUAAAGUCUUUAAAAAGUA